UUUGACUCGACGAAGAAGAAACCCGGAAGUGAGUGUUUUUUCGGGCCCAUGUGUUGCUUUACACUCGUUCAUUCAUUUGGAUACGACAACUCCUGUUAUAUUUCAUACAAUCGUUUCUAAAGGAACACGGAAAUCAUUGUGGUUUUAUGUUGCGCCCAUGAACCAAAAGUGAUAACGGUGGUGUCUCUGUAAGCGUAUAGGAAGUUUAACGUUAGCUAGCUAACUAAGAAACCGCGUUAAAGUCGUUUGCAGAGUCGUGGCUGCAACCUCUGAAAAAGUCGAGUGCGUUAUCUGAAUGAAAAGUGCUGUAGAUACCAACAUGAUCAAGGAAAACCGGUGGAGUGUACCCCCCAAUGCUCCAGCGUGCAUGGAGAAACACCUGUGCUCGGCUCAAUACAGAGCAGAUGGCACCUUGCUGCUAGGUGCCUCCAGCCUCGCUGGAAGAAGCUGGCAGGGGUCUGUGUGGAUCUACAGCGACCCUGCACAGGCCCCCAAUGAGGAGCAGUGUAAAGCUGGUGUGCAGACUGAGGCUGGAGUCACAGAUGUCAAAUGGGUGUCAGAAAAGGGUGUUGUAGUGGCGUCAGACUCAGGUGCAUUGGAGCUCUGGGAACUGGCAGAGGAUGAGCGCCUGCUGGUGAAUCGCUUCACUAAACAGGAGCAUGACCACAUCGUCACCACAGUCAGCCCAGUUACAGGAGCAAGCAGUGCUAUCACUGGGAGCAUGGACUGCCGAAUUAAAGUGUGGGAUCUCAGCCAGGAGACAGUUGUCACUACCUACAAUGCUCACACACAGCCAGUCAGUUGUGUUACCUGCAGUCCUACAGAGGAGUCUCUCUUCAUCUCCUGUGGUCAAGAUGGCCGUGUGCUUAUGUGGGACAGGAGGAAGCCAAACAAACCAGCCACAAAAAUAGAUGUAGAGACCCCCAGCUGCUCCCCCACUACUGCAGCCUGGCACCCCCACCACAGAAGCACCAUUGCUUUUGGUGAUGAGCUCGGCAGAGUGACAGUGAAGGAUUUCCUGGGAACAGAGCCAGCCAGGGUGCAGAAAGUACACAACCGUAGAGUCAAUGGGCUUGCCUUCUCUACACACAAUGCCUCAUUGCUCGCCUCCAUAAGUGACGAUUGUUCCCUGGCUGUACUGAACUCUGAUCUGCGAGAAAUACUUCGAGAUCGGCGACACCAGGAUUUUGUCAAAAGUGUGUGCUGGCUUCAUGGUGGCUCCAACGCUCUCACAACUGUAGGCUGGGAUCACCUUGUGCUUCACCACACUGUGGAUCCAGCUGCUGGGGCUCCCAACUCCUCGUAGACUCCACAGAUGCUUAUACAUGUAGGAAGACAGCGGUUUCAAGUAACUACUUUCUCCCCCUAAUUUUUAAGGGGGGUUUCCAUGUGUAUCUAAAAAGUUGAGUACGUUAUUCAAGAAAUAUAGAUUUAAAUGUUUUAUUGCCAUUUAAUACCCAAAACAUGUACACAAUAUUUGAAAUGUGCUGGCUUUGGUUCAUACUACUCUAAACCGUCUCCAUCCACUUCUUUAAUUCUUCCUCUGUAUAGCACGUUUGUGUGUAAUUAAACUUGACGCAACCCAUUUGUAUUUCAUAAUCUUACAUUAAAGGGAACCUAAUGUUGUGAUAGCAAGAACA